ACUUGAAAUCCUGCAUAACUAGAGGCUCCCACCCAACAAAAUAAACAAAUGGUGACUUGCAAGUAACAUACCUAUUUCUGGUUAAGCAAUUGAUCCACAAGCCCCCACCUAAAAAUCCAGUACCUGUUCUUCAUCCUUUUCCUCUUGUUCUAAUGGCUGUUACUUGUUCUCUUCCUCCUUGUUUCUCAAUCCUAAAAUCUGGUCCUGCUAUAAAGCCUUUCAGCUCAGUUUUGAGGCUUAAACACACUUCUCAAGUCACAGUGCUCAAGAAAAGAACAUCUGCAGUGCUCAAGAUCAGAUCUUGCUUUAGAGAAAAGGUUUUCGAGGAUCGCUCCAACGGAAUAAUCUGCUACAAAGAUGCCAGAGGGGAGAUUAUUUGCGAAGGAUACGAUGAAGGCCCUCGAUAUCACCACCAGAAUCAAAGAAUAGUUAAUCAAUCAAGAGAUGCCGAGAUCCUUGAUCUUCUUCAACAGAGGUGGUUUAACUUCAUGACAGACACAGAAUUAGUCAAGGCUGAGAAAGGUGGUGUCCUGCAAGAGGGAAUCAACUGCAAUGGCUUCAACACUCUCCACUAAUCAGCUUCCAGCUCUUGUCAAUCUAUAUAUAUAGUAUGUAACAUGUAUAAAGAAAGACAAAUCCUUCCUUUAAUCAUAGAAGUGAAUGUCAUGCACGAAUAUUGCAGUGUCUUUGAAGUACAUUCGUUCACCACAAUUUGUACGUA